AUUUCAGUUGAAACAAAGGAUUACGAUGCCAGCAGAUAUGACGCAGUUUGAUGUUGAUCAACAGAAGAGAUUAAAUAUGGCAAAUUAUUCAAACAUUCGGAAUUAAGAUAAAAUGACGUUGCUAAAUUCAAAGAAAUUAUCGCUUUGAAAUAUAUAUCACUAUUUUCUACACGCCAGACAACGAGACAUUCUUACAUUAAUGUAAAUUCUCAGAAAAGACAACAUAUGCCUGAAAAGGGCAUUGAUUCCACGAUAAAUAGGAAUAAUACGACAAAGGUGAUAAUUAAUGAGUAGUUUUUUAAUAGGAAAUACCUCAAGAGGAAUUACUCUAAAUGUAGUAUGGCUGAUUUAAAUUAUCACGAUGAGUACAGUCCAAGGCGAGCGUUCCUUUUAAAAGAGGGAGUAAAGAAAAACAAAAAAGUCUUUGAUAAAGGUAUUGGAGCAAACCCGGGCAAUGGAUGUGCUGUUCAAAUGGUUGAUCUCCCGGAUGACGAAAAUGUUUUUUCAUCUAAUUCUCCGGAAACGAAAGGGACUGAGACAGGGACUAAUAAUGUGCCCCAUCUUAUUUAUGGAAAUUAUCAUCGACACACACAAAUCCCGAUUCAGGUCAAAAUAUAUAAUUUUCUAGAAAGACCGACCGGAUGGAAGUGUUUUGCCUAUCAUUUCACAGUAUUUAUGAUGGUUUUGAUCUGCCUUAUCAGUAGUGUACUCUCAACAAUUGACGAGUAUGAAGAGUUUACCAAUCUAUUUUGGAUGGAGAUCGUACUUGUCGUAUUUUUCGGUGUAGAAUAUAUUGUGCGUCUGUGGUCAGCCGGAUGUCGGAGCAAAUACAUGGGCUUAAGAGGAAGAAUACGAUUUGCAACAAAACCCAUUUCACUUAUAGAUUUUUCAGUAGUAGCUGCAUCUAUAGUUGUAUUUACAAUAGGCUCAGAAGGACAAGUUUUCGCAACAUCAGCAAUAAGAGGUGUACGAUUUUUACAGAUAUUGCGCAUGCUUCAUGUGGACAGACAGGGCGGUACCUGGCGGCUUCUUGGAUCUGUGAUAUAUUUACAUAGACAGGAGCUUAUCACGACGUUAUAUAUAGGUUUUCUCGGCUUGAUAUUCUCAUCAUAUUUUGUUUACCUUGCUGAGAGAGAACAUAAUUCUAAAGAUUUUAAGAGCUAUGCAGACGCGUUAUGGUGGGGUGUGAUCACUGUUAUGACAAUAGGAUAUGGUGACAAAGUGCCACAGACUUGGAUGGGGAAAAUUGUUGCUUCAUGUUUCGCAGUAUUUGCUAUAUCAUUUUUCGCGCUACCAGCAGGUAUUCUCGGAUCUGGUUUUGCAUUGAAAGUACAACAAAAACAGAGACAGAAACAUUUUAACAGACAGAUACCGGCUGCAGCCACUCUAAUUCAGUGCCUAUGGCGAUGUCACGCGGCUGACCCAAACUCAAAGUCAGAGGCCACGUGGCGUAUACAUAUACACGACACGAGUAAUGAUGAAACGGUAUUGUCACGUGUCGCACGGCGAGCUAGCUUGACACUGAGAAAACGCCGUUUGUCAACGAGAUUUGAUGCCAGCUCAAUGAACAGUCGUACAGCAAGAGACAGCGUGUCGUCUGUCAACUGUGAUGACAAAAUUGGAACUCCGCGACCAAAUCGCCGAGACAGUUUCUGGAGUCACCGUCCCAGCAUUAUAGGUUUUAAUUUUGGAGGUAAAGACAAUGACAAUGACUCUGACUUCGAAAAUGAAGAGCCCGAAAAAGUUGUUGUCUUAACUGAAGCUCACAAAACAGCGAUAAGAGUUUUGAGAAAGAUGAAAUAUUUUGUUGCAAGAAGAAAAUUUCAGCAAGCACGGAAACCGUAUGACGUCCGUGAUGUAAUUGAACAGUAUUCACAAGGCCAUCUUAAUAUGAUGGUGAGAAUUAAGGAGUUACAACGGCGAAUUGACCAAUCACUAGGGAAACCGGGAAUUUUACAUUCAAAAAAUCACAAAGAAAGAGAGCGGCAAACUAUAAGUGCACGAGUUAUGAAAAUAGAAUGCCAGGUGAAUAAAAUGGACCAGAAGAUAGAUCAAUGUUUGGUAUUAUUACAUCAGUUGGUAAAGAAACGACAAAUUAUAAACCAAGAUUCUCGAGAGGAUGAAGUAUGAGAAUGACGAAAUAAUCGAAUAUUACACGGAAAGUUACUGUAAAACACGAAAUAACGGGAUCUUACACGGAAAGUAACUUUACAACACGAAAUGACUAAAUGUUACAUGGAAAAUUACUUUAAAACACGAAAAACGGGAUAUUACACGGAAAGUUACUUUUUAACACGAAAUAAUGAAAUAUUACACGGAAAGUUACUUUAUAACACAAAGUAACGCAAUAAAACACGGAAAAUUACUUUAUAACAUGAAAUGCGAGAAAGCAGAAUUAAGGUGUAAACAAAAUUUAAAUAUAGUAGUAGUGAUGCUACAACGAGGAACAAGUAUUAAUGCUGAUGUUGCAUACGGUAAAGAACAGUGAAAAUUUAUAUUAUAAAAUGGCAUAGUGACAACUCGUAUGAAAAACAAAUGACACGAAAACGACGUAACAGUAAUGUGUUAAAAGGAAUGAAAACUUUAAACAAUCAUUAAGAUUAUGGUAUAGUGCAUAUAAGAUAUGAUAUAAGUAUAGUGAGGUUGACAAAGGCAGUUUGACAUAACAUUGAAUGUUUUAUACAAUAAUGAAACAAUAUCAUGAAAAUCCGAAAUAAACUAUGACUAAUGGUGAACAAUAAAUGAGCCGCGUCA